UGUAAAGAACGGAGUUAAGGACUUACCAAUGUGGGUUGAUGUGUGAUGUCCUCCAUGACAGAGAGGCCAACCGUUGGGCAUACAACAAUACAAAAUGAUAUAACAACGAUAAAGAGCGAUAUCGAUAAUAUACUUCAAAGCGGCAUUGUCCAACACUGAAAUUGUGUAAGGGAAAACAAUGACAACGAAAAUAAAUAAAUAACCAACCCCAACAAUAACAAACUAUCUAUAUAUAAAGUGCAGAAAAUGCCCGAAAGUGCAUUGCCAGAGCAAAUACGCUCCACAUUAGGUGGCAGCACAUUUGGCCAGCGCAGAGAGGACAUAUUUCGACGACUACAGCAAAGUGCGCAACAAACGAGCCAACUUUAUAGUGGAAAACGCGAACUGGCAACUGAAAAUGACGAUGUGGUGCAGGAACUAUGCGAUGCACUUGAGGAAACACUAAACUAUGGACUCCGACAAACACUAAAUGUUACGUUUACCGCUGCAAGCAUAUUGCAAAAUAUGCACGAGAUAGUAACAGGUGGAACAGGUGGCGGAGGCGGAGGCAGCAACAGCAAUGAAGUCACCUUUUGGGAUUUCUGUGAAACACAGCUGACGCCACAUGAACGUCAGCGGUACGAUGAGCUCAGGCAAAUCUGGACAAAGCAUGGACGUGGACGUGCCUUCAUACGCGCCACGCUAAACGAGAAGCGCCUGCAGAGUCACAUGCUGACCUGGUUGAGUGAUGAGGCGCAAUUGCAACGUUUCUACACGCCGUGGUCGCUGCUGCUAAACGAGGAGGCGGUGAAGAAACUGCCCGACAUUCUGGACAGCCUCAAGGAUGUUCUCUUUGCUUUAAACGUAGAGAAUCCUCAUCUGAAUGCAGCCAAACGACUGUCAGCGCCUGGACCGGGCUUGAUAAAAGAGGAGCCCAUAAUUUAUGCACCGCAACCGGUGCCUGUGGUAGCUAGGAAGCGUGGACGCGUCACGUCAGCUGUGGAGCGACCCAUUGUAUGUGCUGCCUCCACAGAGGAUCUGCUGGGUGCGCUUAACCCGCGCGAAAUGCUGGAGGUGCAGCAACUUACUUCUAGGGAGGCAGUGGAGCAGGAGUUGAGGCACAUUCCCGAGUUGCCUCAAUGUUCGAUGCCCUGUGAUCCCAUAGAACCGGAGCUGGAGUUCCUUAAGACACCCCUACCAGAUGUGUACACCACUUGCCAAGCAGAGGAACACGAACAGUUUAAUGCAGAGGCAGCUGCAAAUGUGACGGAUCACGAACUGUUCGAGGAUCGCAGUGAUACCUCAUCGCAGUGGAGCAAAUCCUCCUCCUCGGCGAAUGGCCUCAACGGUACCCAGCAGACGGCGCAGCUGGUGGAGCAGGUGACUCAAUUGACCGAACGCUGUGCGCUGCUGGAGACACGUGUCGCCGAACUUAAUCUACAGAAUCGCCAGCUCAUACGCAGGCUGACCAAGCAAUUCAAUGAGACUGGCAUCGAUCCCAGCUCAUCGUUUUGCUCCAACUUUCUGAUAACCAUUCCACAUGUGAAGCUUGUCAACUCGCAUCGCUCCAGUUCACAUUACGAGUAUGAGAUGCACUUGACCAUGCGACAGCGGCUGGAGCAUUGGACAGUCUUUCGUCGCUAUAGCGAAUUUAAUAAGCUCCACAAAUCCUUGCUACGCACGCAUCCCAACAUUAUCAGCUCAAUUGAGUUUCCGCCCAAGAAGCAUUUUGGCAACAUGAAUCUCGUUUUUGUUGAGGAACGUCGCCAGCAGUUGCAGAUAUAUAUUUUGAAUAUUGUUGAGGCGUUGCCCAAGGUGGAGGCGUGCAAAUCGAAAGCCGAAUUGCAAAAGGUUUUCCCCUUUUUUCGUGAGCGAUAGCGGAAUUCUCAGUUAUGAAAGGUAUGAAAACUGGACCAAACUUAAUAUUCUUCAAGUAUUUUUUCCUCACUCGUUAAGUACAUGUUAUGUUUAUGGAAUUGCUUAUGUACAUGUGUAAAUCGAAAGAUAAGUUUAUAAAACAAGAAAACUCACAAUUUUCUCUUAUAUAUUAAACAAAAUAAAUCGCAAUAAAAUGUAU